AACUUCGAUUCGCCGCUGAAACGCCGAUCGAGGAAGCUGGGCUGAUGUCGAAGAGAUUUCAGAUAAGUGUUUUCACCGCGAUACGAAGGUAAAAUUCUUCAUCGGAGGACUUUUUUGCAUACAGAGACGAGGGCAAAGUCGGUCGACGCAUGGCGAGGUUUAUUUCGUUCGCGUGAGACGCAACGCGUCGAGUCGCGAGCCUAACCUUCAUAACCUCGUCUUCGGGUUGAAAGCGCUCUCUGAGAGGACAAAAAAGACCUCGGGCGUGCGAAGCAUUUUAGUUAGCUCGCGGCCGAGAUGGCAGUCGGCUCGACGAAGGUCGUCCAAGUGACGAAUAUCGCGCCCCAGGCUACCAAGGAUCAGAUGCAGACCCUCUUCGGCUACCUGGGUAAGAUAGAGGACAUCAGGUUGUACCCGACGAUCAGGGACGUCGCCGUGCCCGUGCAGUCGCGGAUAUGCUACAUCAAGUUCCACGAUCAGGGUUGCGUAGCUGUGGCACAGCACAUGACCAAUACUGUCUUCAUUGAUCGUGCAUUGAUAGUGAUCCCUUACCAGAAUGGAGACAUUCCGGACGAGCAACGUGCCCUCGAGCUCACCAACAAUGGCACAGUUGUGCCAGGUCUGUACCCAUCAGAGCCGAAGCUGCCGCCGAAUGUGGUGAACGCUAUCGAGGGUAUCCCACCGAAUCACGUAAUAACCACGAUGGAUCCCAAGCUGGAGGCGAACGGUUUACCGCCCUAUCCACACUUGCCAGGUCACUUGGACAGCAGGCGUAUCGAAGAGAUGCGACGAACGCUUGUAGUGGCGAAUUUAGACUCUUUGGUGAGUCCCGAGCAGUUGCUGGACUUCUUCAGCAACAACAACGUCGAGAUCAAGUACCUGCGUAUGUGCAGCAGGGACUCCGACAGCGAGCAUUACGCGCUGGUGGAGCUGUCUGAGCAGGCGGCCGUAAUCGCGGCCUUGUUGCUGAACGGGAAGCAGCUGGCGGAGCGGCCGAUCAAGAUCUACCACUCGACGCAGGCGAUAGCGAAGCCGGAGGCGAAGAGCAACGAGGCAGCGCAGAAGGAGAUCGAAGAGGCGAUGUCGCGAGUGAAGGAGGCGCACAAUCUCAUCUCCGCCGCAAUCGACCCCAUGAUCGGUAUGCUGUCCAAGGACAAGCGCAGCAGGAGCGGUUCGCGCAGUCGCAAAUCGCGCUCGCGUUCACGGGGUCGCAGUCGGCGCUCCAGGUCGCGGAAACGUUCGCGCUCGCGUCAUCGGCGCUCGCGCUCUCGCCAUCGUCGACGAUCCCGCUCGCGCUCCAAGCGCUCACGAUCUAAAGACCGUCGACGCAGCUCGCCCUCGCGACGACGCAGCAGCUCGCGCAGCCAUCAUCGUUCGCGCAGCAGAUCGCGUCGCUCGAGAUCACGCCGAUCGCCUUCCAGAUCAAAGGAGCGCAAGAAGAGGUCGCCGCGUCGUCGCAGCCGCUCGCGCUCGCCUAGCAAGCGCUCUAAGUCCAGAUCCAGACGUUCGCGUUCCAAAUCCAAGUCGAGAUCGUCGAAAUCCAAAUAUUCGGAUAAAUCCAAGGACAAGGAGCGCGAGAGACGUAGCAAGGACAAGUCGGACAACGGCAAGAGAAGUGACAGCGACCGGGAGAGACCCGAAAAGGAGAGCAGCAGAAGCGAGAAGAAGUCUAGCAAGGAGAAGCGAUCCAGCGACAAGUCGGAAUCGAAACAAUCGGAGGAGAAGGGCAGAUCCGCAUCGGAGAGCAACGACAGCAAAGAAAAGACGGCGGAAUCGGAAAGCUAGAGGAAGACUCGGGCAACGGACGCAAUCAGUGUCGUUUGAUCGGAUCGUUUGGUUUAUUUCGAAAAAGCUACGUUUCUUGGUCGCUACGUGUAUUGAUACAAGAUAAUAGAAAUACACGCAUUUAUAUACAUCGAUCUUCUUCUUUCAAAGUGACGAUCUAUUCGUGUUGAUAGGAUAGAUCGGAAGUGAAUGAUUGAUUUCGACAUUCAGGGACCGACCUUUAUCCUCUUCUUUUUCGGAACAGGCGGCGGCUUGACUUCUUUCGGCUUGUUGAUUAUUUCCAUUUUAGGCGUGCUUUUAGAUGAACUAGAAGAAAUAAAGGGGCGAAUGAUAGUGUGUUAUGAUAUAUCCUUCUAUAAUAUACAGUCUUGGUCACGAAAAAGAGCGCCUUUCGAUAAUCAUAUAUUAUGUUAAAGCGAUCAAUAUUUAAAAAUAAUAUUAAUUUUAGAAAUUAUACUAGUAAUUGUAUUUUAGUAUUUAAACUAUCUGUUUUGACUUAUUCAUUAAAGGUGUUCAUACUUUUGACCAGAA